CAUCAUUCUGUAGCCGAACGUUGCCGCGUCAAGUUACGCUUACGCUAAACACACAGCAUACAGCACAACACAGCACUGCACACAGCAUUCUUCGGUUUCUGUUGUGUGUAUUUGUGUGUUUGUGUGUAGUCCACACAACAUUUUUAGCGUCGCUCGUCGUGUACGUGUUUCUCGCUCUUUCCCGCUCUUCGUGUGUGCGCGCGAGAGUGCAUUUGUAUUUGUGUGUGCGCGACAAAGACGUACGACGAAAAACGUAACGCCGCGUAUGUACAUACGUGUGCACGCAAUUGCAAUUGUAUUAGUGUUUGUGCGCAAAUAUAAUAAUACGAAAGAAAAAAAAAACAAUAUAAAUUACAACUACAUUUUUUUUUGUUGGGCAGCAAAAACAAGCAUAAUUUUGUAAAGCAAAAAAAAACAAAUACAAAAAUUUGUAAGCCUGGCCAUGUGUGUGUGCGUGUGCCGCAAUAGCAGCAGCAGCGAAAAUCAAUAACAAAGCGCAAAAGGCAACACAAAAAAAAAUGUACAACAAACCGCCGCAGCAGCAGCAGCCAAAGAGCAAUGAUAAAAGCAACCACAACAACAGCAACAACAACAACAAGCAGCUGCCGGUACCAACAACAACAACAACAUCAUCAGCAAUUGACGGCGCCAUUAUUAAACAAUUGUAUCGAUAUUUGUUAUCGGCGCUAAUUAAACAAGCAGCGAUAAAUAUCGCUUAACUCCGUCGUGCGUGAGUGCGUGUGUAUUUUAAAUUUUUUUGCCGUGUGUGUGUGUAUUUUGUGUGUACGUACGUAUGUAAGUACGUGUGUGCAGUAGUAUUUUCUGCAAGCAUCCGCAGCAGCAGAGCGAAGCGCAGUCGACGCCAAAAAGUGGGUCGACUUGCGCGCGUAAAUUUGGGUCGCCGCAGCAGCGCACCUCGCAGCUUGAACUCUGUUAAACUGUUUCAACUGUUAACAGAGCGUGUGUAGAGUGCAUUCCAGUCGACUGUUAAACUGUUAAAUUGUUCAACAUUUGAAAAUGUCGCUGCAAACGAAACGACAGCACUGUUAUCUAUGCGAUCUGCCUCGCAUGCCAUGGGCGAUGAUCAAUGACUUUUCGGAGGCAGUGUGUCGCGGUUGCGUCAAUUACGAGGGCGCCGAUCACAUCGAGGAUAUUUUGUAUGCCACACGGCAGAUGAAACGCCUGCAUCCAUCCGUAUGCAGCAAGCGUGCCCAUGAGAAUGGUGAAGUUGUCGUCCUCCAGCAGCAGCAGCCGCCACAGCAACAGCAACAAACGUCCUUGCAACAAUUGGCGGCGCCACAGCAUCGCGGUGCACCAAGCACAAGCGGCGGUGCACCUUCCUCAGCGAGCGGUGGUGGAGGGGGUGUUGCACCCCUUUCGUUGGCCCAUCAUCAACAUGUUGCCGCUGUGGCAGCCGCUUAUCAAAUGCCACGCAUCGGCCCCCCGCCACCGCCGCCCCAACAGCAGCAGCAACAACAACAGCAGCAGCCACAGCAAUUGGAUUUCCCCGUUAAACUUGAGGCAGCACCCGAUGUGCGUCCCGUUCGCAUUUCCCACAUGCAACCCCAUCACAUGCCACCGACGGGCGGCCAACGAAGCGUCACACAACAGCCGCCGGGCAGCGGGGGUGGAGGGGGAGGUGGCUCCACUUUGUUGCCAGCUCUGUCGGUGAACUUGAAGCGUCCGCCCAGCGAUGAUGUCGAUGUUGAUCCCCAACAGCAACAACAACAAUCACAACACGGUCCCGCUGCUCAUCUUGGCGUCGGCGUUGGCGUCAGCGUCGCUGAACUCACCGCUGGCAGCAGCAGCGGCGUUGGCGUCGGCGUCGGUCCCACGAGCGCCAAGCGGAGCGUCCUCGACGAUCCAACCGGAGUCCGACCGCCGUUGACCCGAGGCGAAUCGCUGCCGGCUCCCGUUAGCUAUGUUCCCACAGAGCGGCAGCUCAACUUGCGCGACAAACAGCAGCCGGUGAGAGCGCCCAGCUUCGAUGCAUCCACCUUCAAGGCGGGCGUGUCCACGUCUUUCUACCUUGCAGAGCACUUGUCGCCGGUCAGUCGACGCAAUGGCUCCAGUCCCCCCUCGGGUCCAUUGCCCCCGCGCAGCGUCCACUCGCCGAAUAGUUCGGGAUCGUCAUCUGGUCGCCGAUCGUCGGGAUCGCGUCAUGUUUCCAGCACAACCGUCACAAGCAGCGAGGUGGGAGGCUCGAAUUCGGUGCAAGCGGCUGCUGUGGCCGCCGGAGGUGCUGGCGGCGGAGGCAGCGCAGCCGGAGGAGGCUCCUUGGGUGGUGGUGGAGGAGGAGGAGGCGGAGCAGGUGGAAGUAAUUCGCUAAGCAGUUGCAGCAGCGCCAGCGGAGGCGCCUCAGUGGUUGGCGUUGGUCCGUCGUCGUUGCCACCGAAUCCGAAUGCGGUCAGUGGCGAUGUGAUCGGCGGAGGUGGCAACUCUGGCAACGCUGUCGGCGUACCCGGCGGCGGCGGCGUCGGCAGCAAUGGCAGCGCAGUCAACAUCGGUCCCGGCAGCAGCAGCAGCGGCGGCGGCGUCGGCAGCGGCAGCGGCGCACCUCAAGGCUUGGGCAGCGGCGGCGGCAGCAACAGCGGCUCUAGCAGCGUUGGCAGCGCAGCCGGCAUGAGUGGCGGCGGUGGCGGCGCAGCUGGUAGUAGCAGCAGCGUCGGCAGCGGCAGCGGUUCGGCGCCCAACGCAGCAGCAGCGGCGGCCGCAGCAGCAGCGCAGAAUGCAACACUGAAGUGCACGUUGUGCCAAGAGCGUUUGGAGGACACGCAUUUCGUGCAGUGUCCCUCGGUGAACAUUCACAAGUUCUGCUUUCCCUGCAGUCGCGAGAGCAUCAAGCGUCAAAACGGACUGGGCAACGAAGUUUACUGCCCGAGUGGUGAACGAUGCCCGCUGGCUAAUUCGACCAUACCGUGGGCAUUUAUGCAGGGCGAAAUCACCACCAUAUUGGGCGAGGAGGUCAAGGUGAAGAAGGAGCGCGAGUCUUAAUGUCCAUUUUAUUGUAAGAAGCUGCGCCGAGCUUUGGAGCACUUUUGAGAGCCAGCAGCAGCGACGCUGUAACUGAUAAUUCAACUGCGAGAGAGCGAGAGAGCAGCGAUCGAAGCUUUUUCGCUCUCUCUGUGUGUCUCUGCUUUGCUUGCGUUGCACUCACACAGACGACGCUCUGUCUCGCUCUGACACGAGUUCGAAAAUGGAGAGCGACAACUUUGACACUUUUUUUUCUUUGUGACAGCCGCGACGCCGGCGUCGCAGUCAGCAGCAACAGCAGCAGCAGCAGAGAGCGCUCUUUGUCCAUGACGACCAACAACAACAACAGCAACAACAACAACAACAACAACAAAACAUUUGUAGUCAUAAGCAAACACAACAAAUUUGUAACUUUUAAAGAAAGAGAAAAUUGAUGGAUAAUGAACGAAAUGAAAGCAACAAAAGUUGUGUAGCAUAUUUAUCAGCGUCGCAGCAAGAAAAACAAAAUCUAAUUAUAUUUUUGAUUCGGUUUUUUGUUUUUUUUUGUGUGGAACGAUCAUCUGCAAAAGUGCGCAGAAAACGUAACAGUAAAAACGUAACGUAAUGUAACUUUAACGUAAUACCAGAAGAAAAACACAGAAACUAGCGUGAAAGAGAAAAUGUACACUUAACGUAUACUUAAUAUAUAUAUAUUUAGAUAUAUAUAUAUUCUAACUAUUUUUUUUUUUUUACCAACUAUAUUUGUAUAAGAGAAUUUUUGUUGUUAACGCAUGAGAAUCAUCUUCACGAUUGAUGAUUUAAACAAUUUAUCAACUUAAGCUUAUUUAGUUUGUACUAAUGAAUUAAUUUAUUUGUAUUCAGUCUUUAAACAUAUACUAUAUAUCUAUAUAUAUUUUAUUCGAUACACACACCAACACCCACACAUACACAUAACUACAAAUGCAUGUAUGUAAAACAAGAUAUAAUUUUUUUUUCGUAACUUUACUUAAUUUAAAACCCAGUUUUUAUGCUAAAGAUCUGUACAUAUGCAUACCACAUAAUCGGAUUAAAAAUAUAUAUCUACAUAUAUAUAUAUAUAUACAUAUACAUAUACAAAAAUAUAUAUGUGUAUAUUAUAAAUAAAAUAGCAAUUAUAUAUUUGAUGUUGAUACAGCAGCAAAAGCAGAUGAAAAAGAAGAAGAAGAAGGAGAAGAAGCAGCAACAGCUCGAAGAUGACGUAAAAUUAAAGUAACAGCAAAAUGGAAAAAGAUUUUGGCGUAAUACGUAACAAACAUUUUUAAAACGAUUUUUAACUAAGCCGCCGCCACAAGCAGCAAAAUGAUGGGAAAUGAACAUUUUUUGGGGGACAUUUUUGCAGCGUAGUUUUAUAUAUUUUGUUGUCGGUAGUUUUUAAAACUAAAUACGCAGAAAAAACGGAAAACAAAAAGAAAAUUAAAACAUGCAACGUUGCACGCACAUUGUGAAGAGCGGCAACAACGCAACAAGAACAUUUUUUUGUAUUUGUAUCGAUAACGUAACGAUUACGAUAAAAACACACGUCUUUUGUGCUUGUGCAGCGAAUUUUGCCAGCAAAUUUUGCAGAAAACUAAAAAAGAAACAAUUGAACUAAAUAAAUGAGAAAAAAAACUGGACCAACACAGUAUGAGAAAAACAAACACACACAUUUGUAACAUACCAAAAAAAAAAAAAAAAAAAAAACGAAAAAAAAAUAAAAACAA